CUCGAAGUCCGCCUUCGACUUGUGCCGCUUCUGCAAUCACCGCCGCGGAAACAAUAAUGCUGCCCGCCUCCGUCGCCCUCUGCGCUCUCGCGAUUCUACUUUUGCCCGCCGGCGCGGCGAGCCACCGCGCCGCCUCUCCUUCGGCCCUUGGCGAGCUCUCGGUCGUCUCCCAUCGGCCAGCCGCCAGCACCUGGCGGCGCACCCAGUGCGGCAGCCCGUCCGGCGACGCAGACAUCCCAACCAGGUGGGCAAGCGAGGUCUCCGCAGACACGACGCCGCUGCCCGCGUACCCGCGGCCGCAGAUGGUGCGUGGUCGCGGCGGCGACCGCGACAAGGGCGAUCCGUCACUCUGGUCGAACCUCAACGGACUCUGGGAGUGGGAGCCGGCGGCCGACGCCGCGCCACCCUUCGGCCGCCCGCUGAACGGCUCGAUCCUCGUCCCCUUCCCCGUCGAGUCGUGCCUCUCCGGCGUGGCGCCCGCCAGCAGCGCCACCCUCGUGGCGCAGAUGUGGUAUCGACUGGUGUUUGACGCCGCCGUCGCCGACGGCGCGAAGACGCUGCUCCACUUUGGCGCCGUCGACUGGCAGGCGACGGUCUACCUCAACGGCCUGCUGCUGAGGCACGACGGCCGCCUCGGCAAGCACAGCGGACGAACGGCCGUCGACGUGGCGGUAGGCAAGCAGCGCGUCUCCGCCGUCGACCGGCCCGGAGGCGACACCUACACCCCGUCGUCCGGGAUCUGGCAGACGGUCUGGAUGGAGGCGGUGCCCCAGUCGUACAUUUCCACGCUCAAGAUCGACCAGGCGUCCACCACGAACGUCAAGGUCACCGCCUUUGUCGAGGGCGGCGGCGCCACCACCCCGGUCCGGUUCGAGGUGGUCGACAGGGACGGGACGACGGUGGCUGAGGCGGCCGGUGCUGCCGGCAGCGAGGUGAGCAUCUUCGUGGCUCGCGCAACGGCGUGGUCGCCGUCGGAGCCGUAUCUGUACGACCUCAAGGUGAGCACCCCCACCGACGCAGUCACGUCGUACUUUGGGCUGCGCACCUUUGCGCUCGGCGACGGACCCAAGGGGAGGCGGCCCCUCCUCAACGGCAACUUCACCUUCCUGGCCGGCUUCCUCGACCAGUCCUGGUGGCCGGACGGGCAGUACACCGCGCCCACCGACGAGGCGCUCGCCUUCGACGUGGAGGCCGUCGCGACAUUUGGGCUCAACAUGAUUCGCCUCCACCAAAAGGCAGCAACACCGCCCACGCACGCGCACGCGCACGGCUCGCCCGCAACGCAUGGCUCGCCCGCGACGGGCCUCCCACCCGCUGGCCUCUCACCCGCCACGCGUCAACCCCGAGCGCUGGUACUGGCACGCCGACCGGCUCGGCGCGUUGCCGUCUCGCAAGGCGUGGUCGUCUUCCAAGACAUGGUCCAGAAGUACGGCCGCGCGAGCAAGGCGACCGUGCCUCUCUUCGUGAGCGACGCCGCCGCGAUGGUCCACGGGCGGCGCAACCACCCGAGCAUCCUUCAGUGGACCGCCUUCAACGAGGGCGACUGCUGGGAGGUCUUCGACACCCCGCCGCACGACGUGGCAGGGGUCGUCGCCCUCUUCAAGCGGCUCGACCCCACGCGCCUGGUCGACACCGACUCUGGCGGCCGCGCAAACGACCGCCACAUCGCCGACGUCAACGACAUCCACUCUUACCCCUUCCCUCACGACGCGCGGCCGAGCGGCACGCCGCACACCGCAGCGGGCGGAGUUGGCUACGCGAUGGUUGGCGAGUUUGGCGGCAUCGGUGCCUUUGUGCGUGGCAAGGAGUGGAAGCCGCAGGCGUGCCACACUUACCUCAAGGUUGGCACGCCGCAGCAAGGGGCGGCGGCAUACGUCAAGAUGGCAGCCCGCCCUCAGAAAGCGGCGACCUUGCGCAGCCGCGUCGACCACGUCUCCGCGAGCGUCUACACGCAGACGACAGAUGUGGAGCUCGAGUGCGAUGGCUUCCUCAACUACGACAGGACGAGCAAGUUCAGCGACGAGGACACGGCCGCGAUACGCAAGGCGAACCAGGCCAUCAUCGCUGCCUCGCGCGCCCGCGGUGUAGAGGGGGGCGCCGGCACUGCGGCCUAGGCGCCUAGCGUCUCUAGUCUCUCGACGACUCGCGCGUCCUCUCGGGCCCGGAUGGAUGUAUAUAUACGAUUACAUUUCAAGACGACACGGUUGGAGAUGUAUAGCUUAUA